AUGGCUCAAAGAUUUUAUCUUCUUCUUCUCCUCUUGAUCUUCUUAGUUAAUCUGAUUUGCUUUUCAAGUCAACAAGACUUAAGUUUCGUCUUCAAUGGCUUUAACCAAGACCAAGCUGGUGAUGAACUUCUCCUUGAUGGCUUUGCAAGAAUCCAAUCUCCAGAAAGAGUUUUGCAGCUAACCGAUGGCACGACUCAGCAAAAGGGUCAUGCCUUCUUCAACCGACCAUUCGAUUUCGGUUCAGCUUCAUCUCAGUCUCUCUCCUUCUUUACUCAAUUCGUUUGCGCUCUUGUCCCUAAGCCAGGAUUUUAUGGUGGUCACGGGAUUGCUUUUGUGCUAUCAUCUGCACAUAAUCUCAAAAAAGCAUAUGCAAGUAGUUACUUAGGACUUUUCAACAGAUCAACUAACGGAUCUCCUUCUUCUCACGUUUUAGCUGUCGAGCUUGAUACGGUCCAAAGCGCAGAGACUGAUGACAUGGAUAACAACCAUGUCGGUAUAGACGAAAACAGAAUCCAAUCUGUCGUUUCUGCUUCAGCUUCCUAUUAUUCCGACAGAGAAGGGAAAAACAUAAGCUUAAUACUCUUGAGUGGAGAUCCUAUUCAGGUAUGGGUCGAUUAUGAAGAUACUCUACUUAAUGUUACUUUAGCACCUCUAAGAAAUCAGAAACCAAGUAAGCCUCUUUUGUCAAGAACCAUCAACCUCACCGCAAUCUUCCCGGAUCGAAAAGCUUUUGUCGGGUUUUCGGCUGCAACUGGAUCAUCGAUUAGUAACCAAUACAUCUUAGGGUGGAGUUUCAGCAGAAGCAGACGAUUAUUAAAGAGCCUUGACAUCUCUGAACUUUCCACAGUUCCUCUUUUCACGGAACAGAAGAGAAAAAGAUCUCCUCUGCUUAUUGUUCUUUUGGUUAUACUCACCCUCGUAGUGAUCGGGGGUCUUGGAGGAUAUUAUCUGUACAGAAGAAAGAAGUAUGCAGAAGUUAGAGAGCCAUGGGAAAAAGAAUAUGGUCCGCUUCGUUAUUCCUAUGAAUCUUUGUACAAAGCAACAAAAGGGUUUAACAAAGACGGACGUCUUGGAAAAGGCGGUUUUGGAGAAGUGUAUAAAGGAAGUCUGCCUCUAGUAGGAGAUAUAGCUGUGAAGAGACUAUCACACAAUGCAGAGCAAGGCAUGAAACAGUUUGUGGCUGAAGUUGUGACAAUGGGGAGCUUACAGCACAAGAAUUUAGUACCUCUUCUCGGGUAUUGCAGGAGAAAAGGCGAGUUAUUGCUGGUCUCUAAGUACAUGGAAGGAGGUAGCGUCGAUCAAUACUUGUUUAAUGGCGAUAAACCACCUCUCUCUUGGUCUCAAAGACUCGCAAUACUGAGAGAUAUUGCAUCUGCACUCUGUUACCUGCAUACAGGAGCCAGUCAAGUUGUUUUACACAGAGAUAUCAAAGCUUCUAAUGUCAUGUUUGAUGAUCAUGGAGCUAACCUCUCUGCAACAGCAGCUGUAGGAACCAUAGGUUACAUGGCUCUGGAGUUAAUAUCAACAGGAACUUCCACAAAAACCGAUGUGUAUGCAUUUGGUGCAUUCAUGCUUGAAGUAACAUGUGGUAGGAGACCAUUUGAUCCUGAGAUGCCAGUAGAGAAACGACAUCUGGUCAAAUGGGUUUGUGAAUGCUGGAGGAAACAUUCUCUAGUUGACGCUAUAGAUACACGGUUGAGAGAUAAAUUUACACUCGGGGAAGUCGAAAUGGUUCUGAAGCUCGGUUUGCUCUGUACAAGCAUUAUACCAGAAUCAAGACCUAACAUGGAAAAAGUGAUGCAAUACAUAAACAGAGACCAAGCAUUGCCUGAUUUCUCUCCAGAUACUCCCGGAAUCGGAGUUUCCACUCCGAUGGUAAUGGGAAUACCUGGUUUGGCAAUCACUUCCACUUCAGUAACCUCAUCAGCAUCAGUACCAUUAGUCUCUCCUCCCUCUACCAACAACUCAAUGUUCAUCUCUCACACCAUCUUAAAUGGUGAUGGAAGAUGA